AUGAAUAUUUUCUUAACACUGAUCUUUGCUAUUCUAGCUGCUUGCGUUUUGUAAGUUUUUUUUUCAUGAAUGUGAGAAAAUUUGCAAAAUUUUUUGCUGAAAACUACAAAAAUUUCAGUGCAAAAAUAUUCAAUAUAUUAUUCCAGAUCUGCUCCACAACGUAUAAUCGAAAAGACAACGAUUAUCCGUGGUGGUCCACCACCUCGCCAUUUCCAUCCUCCACCUCCACCACCUCCACGUCGCCCAAUUUUCCGACCACCAGUUACAGUUGUCAAGCAAACCGUCAUUCACGGUUGA